AAAUCAACCAUGGCUCCCUUCCUUCUGCUGUUCGUUGCCUUGGCAACCGCGUCUCCAGUGAAGAGGCAGAUAUACCCCCUAGAUGUCAAUGGGGACGGACUGAUCUCCAAGGAUGAAGUUCUCAACGUCAUGACUCUGCAUGAGGCUCUUGUCGCCCUGGACAGAGAUGGUGACGGGUUCAUCUACAUGGCUCAGAUCAUAGAGCUGUGGGGAACGGCCGACAUGUUUCACCAACUCAACACCAACGGGGACGACCAUCUCACCUUCACGGAAAUAGAGAAUUUCAUGACCAUGAGCGACUUCUACGACCAGUUCGACUACGACGGUACGUAUUCUAUCUGCACUACCGAGGCUUACCAGCUGAACUACAUCUACAACGUCAUUCACAACAACGUGGCUAACGACCCGCUGGAUGCUAAUGGAGACGGAAAAAUCUCCAAGCUGGAAAUUACAAGCCACAUGACCUACGGAGAGGUUCUGAGAGCCUUGGACGUAAACGGAGAUCGCGAACUCACUGUCCUCGAGCUGACGAUUUUGCUCGGUGGGCAGACCGGGCAGUUCGUUAUCGACCAAGACAACAACCACGACGGAACCGUCAGCUUCCAGGAGGCGCGCAGCCAUCACAUGGGUCUGCGGGAGAUCUUCCAAAGACUGGACUUGGACGAUAGUGGCUACCUGGAAAAUGGGGAGGGAGCCGGGUUCUAUACUGUGUGGAACGCCAUCGUGACCUCCGGCAUCACUGACCCUAUCACUGGAUAAGCUGGGCCAAGUUGCAGAUUCACCAGAGGCGGCAGCAAGGCAAAAAUAAAGACUGGAAUAAAAUCUUACAGU